AGCCGACUCGUGCGCACGCCGCACGCUGCGCCCGUCGCGACUGCAGCCGACCCGAGGCAGCCGGCAUCUCGUCAAGCUAGGCCCGUGCGGACCCGCCGAUUCAUCCAUUCACUCCUCGGAAACGGAAACGGAUCGGCACCGAGACGCGCCGACGCGCAGCCGAGUGCACCGCGAGUGCCGAGGGGAUGGCUGACACGAGUCGCGAGUGCAUCGACUAGUGCACCAGUGCAGUGUGUGUUGUUGUGGUGCUGCGGCGUGCGCUGCCGCGUUGCCCUAGCUUGGAUUAACCACCACCCCCGCCGCAGAGCGCAGAGGACACUGUCCUCUAGACAGUCACGAUGCCCUCCAAGAAGCAGUACAACCUGGUGCCCAACGACGACGGCGACACCCGGAUCCCGCUGCACUCCGACGAGGCCUUCCACCACGGCAUUACGUUCCAGGCCAAGUACAUCGGCAGCAUGGACGUGCCCAGGCCCUCCAGCCGCGUGGAGAUCGUGGCCGCCAUGCGGAGGAUCCGGUACGAAUUCAAAUCGAAGGGAGUGAAGAAGAAAAAAGUGCUCCUGGAAGUCUCGGUGGACGGCGUGCGCGUGUCCCUGCGGAAGAAGAAGAAGAAGAAGCAGUGGAUGGACGAGAACGGCCUGCUGCUGAUGCACCACCCAAUCUACAGAAUAUUCUACGUGUCCCACGACUCGCAGGACCUCAAGAUCUUCAGCUACAUCGCCCGGGACGGCGCCAGCAACGUGUUCCGCUGCAACGUGUUCAAGUCCAACAAAAAGAACCAGGCGAUGCGGGUGGUGCGGACGGUGGGGCAGGCCUUCGAGGUGUGCCACAAGCUGUCCAUCGGGCCGGGCAGCCCCACGCGGGACCGCGACCACCAGGACCACGACGACCACAGCGAGCGGGACUCGGAGGGCGCCUCGGACAAGACGACCAGGAAAGGCGGCCUGUCGACGCAGCUCAGCGUGGACGGGCUCGAGGACUCGGUGCAGGACUCGGCGUCGUACGACGAGUCGCCCCGGCCGCCCCCGCCUAGAUCGCUGCGGCUCGACCUCCAGCGGCCGCGGUCGCCACAGGUGAUACGCAAGGACAUGAACGGGUCGUCGCCCAUGGCGGACGAGGUGGACCGGGACCGCGACCGGGAGCCGUCGGCCGGCAGCCUGGGCGGCGGCUCCCUGCUCCACCACGAGGUGCAGCUGCUGCGCGAGCAGGUGGAGCAGCAAGUGCAGCAGACGCAGGCCGCCAUGGCGCAGGCCAACCUGCUACGCGACCAGCUCGCGGCCGAGAAGGCGGCCAGGAUGGAGGCGCAGGCCCGCACCCACCAGCUCCUCGGCCACAACCGGGAGCUGCUGGACCACAUCACGGCGCUGGUGGCGCACCUCCAGGAGCAGGAGGGCGGCGGCGCGGGCGGCAGCCAGCCCCUUCAGCUAGCACCCCAGCUGAGCUCGGCCGCCAAGGUGGCGCGCUGGUUCGAGCUGCUGCAGACGCCGCCGCUGUCGCGGCCCGAGAGCGGCUUCGUGUCCGGGGCGCAGUCCGGCGACCUCGGCGGCUCGGCGGCCGAGACCACCACGGAGACGGACGCCGUGGACCCCGACAUCGUGGACGCGGAGACCGUGGAGGCCGCCAUGGCGCAGAUGGACUCGGCCGUGAGCGCGGCCCUGAGCAGGCUGCCCGCCCGCAAGAAGAACAAGCUGUUCAAGCUCAAGCUGGGCAGGAACGUCACCUUCUAGCGGGCCACUCGCGCUGCCGCCAGCGCCACCAAAGACAGACACUGCGAAUGUCUUCUCUCUUAUUGUUUUGUCUAGAGUUGGCUGGUGUUAUACUUGUAUGAAAUGUUGGGAUGAAACUGCAGGAGUAGGAUGAUGAAGUUGGCAACUUUAUAAGUUAUGUGUUAAGAUUUUGAGUUUUACGGCCGCAGAUGAGCCUCUCCAAGCAAGACUGAGUUUCCCGCCACGGAACCUUGUUGCACGUGCAUUCGGACAUUGGCUGAAAUUGGCGUUGAUCAAAGUUAACCAGUGCUGCAGUGUCUUCCAGAACAUAAACGCCAAAAGGCUAAGAAUAAUAUAUUGAUCUCGAGGGAAGUAUUUUAGACCUAAAUUAAAGAUUAAAUAAAGCCUUAGCCAAUUUGGAAUGUUUCACUACAGUAAUGUACAUUUAAGUGAACUUAACAAUAAGUGAUGGUGUAGCAGAAGUAUGUGCUGAUCUCCUCUUUGAAAUGCAGUUGUUUGAAUAUCGUUAGUUAGCCAAUAUUGAGUGUAAAGUGCAUAGUAUAGUUAGUUAAUGCCACCAGAAAUAGCAACCUUUAAAAAAACCUGUAUAAGGACAUCUGAUUUCUAGAUCCCUCUCUUGUGCCAGCGAUUUUCAUUUACACGAUUACAGGAGUGCUUGGAGUAUGUAUAAAUGAUAAACAUUUGUAAAUAUUUUAUGUAUUUUUAAAAAAAGAGAAAGAAAAAACAAUCAAACCCAUUGGUGCCAUAUGGGGAUUCCCAUGGUUCUUUGGAACCACUCUUGUAUGUUCUAAUUCGAUGAAAUUUCAUGACCAAUGAUCUUGAUGUACUAUUACUAUAUUGUACAUAGUACAUUUAGUAGAGUAUAAUUACAUUGAGCAAAUUUUCAGAAGACUGUUUAAUUAUAAAUGUAAAAAUUUAGUUGUUGGACAGAAUCUUUGAACUUAAAUUUAUGUUAUAAGAAUGUCUUGACUUGAAAAUGUUACCAUUUCAGAGGCUACUGUCACGGUAGCAAAGCUACAUACAUUCUGUAAUUGCUAUUUGGGUGAAACUUCAUUUCCCUUAACACCCAACUUCAUUGCUAUAGUAGCUUUACAUCCUUUCUCUGAAUGCGUUUGUAUGAGGAUUUCUGAAAGGUUCUCGGUGAAUGCAUUUCCAAUUUUAAGUUGUAAUUUAUGAGCAUCACUGUCACAUUUUCGGCUGAAAUGAAAAUGUGAUAAAGUGUGUUUGUAUUUUUUCAGGACAUUUAUUUUCUAUAAAUUAUUUUCCAAAAUUGGCAUUUAGUCUUGAAAAGGCAUGGAAAAAGUGCACCCUCUCAUUUUAUGGCAUAUAAAAGAGUGUUUCUUGCACAAGCAGUCUCAUUGUUUUCUAGGUGAAUCUUGACAGCAACUUUGAACGUGGAAAUUUGCAUUCAUUGGCCUAUUUUUCUGAGUCACUGUUCAUAGAGAAAAUGGUAAAGGAUGUGAUGGUAAGCUAUGUUAUUGAAUUGUUGGUGCUGAUUGCGACCCUCCCUCUCCAAACUUUCUGUAUAAACAUUUAAAAGAUAAUUUAAUAAACAUUAUUUAUUACAA